AUGGCAGCACCACAAUCCUCCGACAGGAGGAAUUCCAAUACUCAGCUUUUGGAUGAACUUGAAGAACUCAGUCUCUCUCUCUACCAAACUCAUACUGCCACCACCAACAGAAGACCUGCUUCCCUUGCACUUCCUCGUACUUCAGUUCCGGCGCUAACUUCUCUCGCUGAGAUUACCACUUCCAAGCCUGAUGACAAAUCCGCCUCCAGGCCUCGCUCCAGGCGCAUGUCCUUGUCUCCAUGGCGUUCUAGGCCCCAGCCUGACGACAAUGCACCGAGUGAUCGAGCAAAGCCAUCCAAUCGAACAGACACUAAGAAACUGGAUGACACAACAGCUUCCUCGGAGAAAAAGGGGAUUUGGAACUGGAAACCAAUUCGCGCUCUUUCUCAUAUUGGGAUGCAGAAACUCAGCUGUUUGUUCUCUGUAGAAGUUGUUGCUGUCCAGGGUCUUCCUGCUUCAAUGAAUGGCCUCCGCCUUUCUGUUUGUAUUAGGAAGAAAGAAACUAAAGAUGGAGCAGUACACACUAUGCCAUCGAGAGUUUCACAGGGAGCUGCUGAUUUCGAAGAAACCCUUUUCUUCAAGUGUCACGUGUACUGCACUCCAGGCAAUGGAAAGCAGUUAAAAUUUGAGCCGCGCCCAUUCUGGAUUUAUGUUUUUGCAGUUGACGCUGAAGAGCUUGAUUUCGGUAGAGGUCCUGUCGAUUUAAGCCAUCUGAUUCAGGAAUCUAUGGAGAAGAAUCAAGAAGGUACCCGGAUUCGGCAGUGGGAUACCAGUUUCAACCUGUCAGGAAAGGCAAAAGGUGGAGAACUUGUUCUGAAAUUGGGAUUUCAGAUUAUGGAGAAGGAAGGAGGUAUUGAUAUUUAUGCUGACGGAUUUAAAUCAAGUAAAUCGAAAAACUUCACUUCUUCUUUUGGUCGUAAACAGUCUAAAACAUCAUUCAGUGUCCCAAGUCCGAGAAUGUCAAGUCGAAGCGAAGCUUGGACUCCUUCACAGUCAAAACCAGCAGUAGAUCUUCAAGGAAUGGACGACUUGAACCUUGAUGAGCCAGCACCACUUCCUGCCCCACCUUCCUCAGUUCAGAAACCGAAGGAUCCAGAACCAAAGAUUGAAGAGCUUGAACUUCCAGACUUUGAUGUUGUGGAUAAAGGAGUCGAGAUUCAAGAGAAAGAAGAGAUUGGGGACGGAGGGUCUGAAGAAAAUGUUGAAGUGAAGUCAGCAUCCAGUGAGGUUGUUAAGGAGAUCGUGCACGAUGAUCAGGUACAUCUUACCAGGUUAACGGAGCUUGAUUCUAUUGCUCAGCAGAUAAAGGCACUUGAAUCUAAGAUGGGAGAAGAAAAUUUAGUUAAAACAGAGAAUGAAAGUGAGUCGCAUAAACUAGAAGCUGAUGAAGAGACAGUAACCAGAGAAUUUCUUGAUAUGCUUGAGGAUGAAGAGCUCGAUACAUACAGAUUCGAAGUUUCCUCUUUCCAACUUGGGGAAGCUGAUGAUUCCACAGAGGCUGACUCAAAAGUGUACGUCUCUGAUCUUGGCAAGGGAUUAGGUUGUGUAGUGCAAACUAGGAAUGGAGGCUAUUUGGCAGCCAUGAAUCCUCUGAAUACUAUUGUUGCAAAGAAAGACCCUCCAACGUUAGCUAUGCAGCUAUCAAAACCAAUUGUAAUACCGGCAAACAAAUCCCAAAGUGGGUUUGAAUUAUUUCAACAAAUGGCAGCUAUUGGUUUUGAGGAACUCAGCUCUGAAAUCUUGUCGCUGAUGCCCGUGGAGGAACUGAUAGGGAAAACUGCAGAACAGAUAGCUUUUGAAGGCAUUGCUUCGGCAAUCAUCCAAGGGAGAAACAAAGAAGGUGCUAGUUCAAGAGCUGCUCGUACCAUUGCUUCAGUAAAAACCAUGGCUACUGCAAUGAAUACAGGUAGAAAAGAGAGGGUUACAACAGGAAUUUGGAGUGUUGAUGAAAAGCCAUUGACAGCAGAGGAAAUUUUGGCAUUCUCAUUGCAGAAGAUUGAGGCGAUGUCAGUUGAGGCCUUGAAAAUUCAGGCAGGAAUGGCAGAGGAAGAGGCACCAUUUGAAGUCUCUCCGCUCUCUGAAAAAACAAGAACAGGUGAAAAAGAACAACAUCAACCUCUGGUUUCAGCCAUUCCACUCGAGGACUGGAUCAAAAAUUACAGCUCAUCUACUUCUGAUAGUGAGUCGGGGGACCCAGCAUCAAUCACCAUGGCAGUGGUAGUCCAGCUACGGGAUCCCUUAAGGCAAUAUGAGGCAGUUGGAGGUCCCGUUGUAGCACUUAUUCAUGCAACAUGCGCUGAUAUCAAGGAAGAAAUGAUUGAUGAGGAAAAUAAAUUUAAGGUGACAAGUUUGCAUGUUGGUGGCUUGAAGCUGAGGACGGGAGGAAAAAGGAAUAUCUGGGAUACAGAGAGGCAUAGGCUGACUGCAAUGCAUUGGCUGGUGGCAUAUGGACUGGCAAAGGGGGGGAAAAGGGGAAAACAUGUGUUGGUAAAGGGGCAAGAUCUGCUGUGGAGCAUUUCCUCAAGAAUAAUGGCUGACAUGUGGCUCAAACCGAUGAGAAAUCCGGAUGUAAAGUUCACAAAGUAGAUAAAUGCAAGAGUGAUCUUGUUCUUGAAAUUUAUUUACAAUAUUCCUGCACACAGCAAGCUGAGAGUUAAAAGACUGGAGCUAGAGCAUAGUGCGGAGCAUUGAUGAAGCUUUAUUGUUGGAUGCCAGUAAGUAAAUAGCCAUUUUAAAAAAAAAUCUAAAAGUACACAUCUUAAGUAUAUGGGAUUUGUUGCAUUUGUCACUAUGUACCUUCUGUUGAAUUUUGUUAAUAAUGCAAAAUAAAGUUCUCAACUA